GUGUCGAGAAAGAGAUAUCCGAACGUUAGAUCAAUCUGCUUUGACGCAGUCUUGUUUUGUAGACAGCUCAAGCGAAAUAUUCUGAAGACUUACUUUGUGAGACUCUUUAUUUCCUAAGAGAGCCAGACUUUAAUUUCACAUCAUCAAGUUAAAAGUAAUACAAGUUUAAUACUUUGCCAAGACUGUGAAUUUUAACAGCAUCUACUUGGAACUUAUACUGCAUUUCAAAGCUUUUUUUAGCAUUAAUUCAAUCAAAAGAAAGAUCUCAAGGUUUGCCACAGAUACACAGCCGCGUUUGCUUUGAUGCCGGGUCCUGCCAUCAUGUCUGUAGAAUAUGUCGCUAUCAUCCUUCUAGUGGCUGCUUCAGCCCUAGCAAAGAUUGGCCCUGAGGCAGUGAUAUCUUGUGCCAAGGGGAGCGGUCAAGGUCGCAUGUACCCAGACCCAGACGACUGCCGAAAGUUCAUUCGAUGCGUCAGCCGGAAACCAGUUUCUUUCACGUGCCCGCCCAACACGGCCUUUGACCCUGACACGCAAGUCUGCGCGUGGAGAGUCGGUAAGAAUGGCUGCGGUGGGAAACUAGCGCCAACCACCUGGGUGGGCAUGAUAGACAACCUCAUCAACGACAUCACCCAGAAGAACGAUGUGUCCGAGAAGAUCUCUAACGGACAUGCUUGGGAGAAGCCGUCCAAAAGGUUUGACCAGGACAGCGCUCCAAAACAUUUUCAAAAAUACACGAGCCUUGAAAAAAGCAGCAGAGAUCUGGUUGAUGAAUCACAUCAGACGAUGUCCACUCACACAGUGACCAAGCCGACCAAACAGCCUUUAAAAGUGAAGUCCUCUCAGCUUAAAAGAGAUUAUGUCCCACCUCAAAAGUCCAAGAUGGCAUCCACGGGACUCGGGGACAAAGUGAAGAAUAAAUACAGAAGUUACAGUUGGGAGAAGGCAAAGAAUGUUUUUAACAAUGGUUUAGGUUCAAGUCAAACCAACAGCCAACUAAACAGUACAAAAGCCGCUUCUGUAAAAGAAGAAUUUACAACGGAAAGUAGUAUUAAAGCAAACGGCAAUCCAAACAAAUUUUCUGGACUAUCUUUGAGGUCAAUGUCAUCGUCUGCAGUAGGAACGAUGCCCCUUUCUAAAGAGGUCAAGGCUGAAGCAUACAAGAUCACUGUCGGGGAAACUUUCAAACGUGACAACGGCACAUCAAACCUAAACCUUAACGUGACAUCAAACUUAAACCUUAACGUGACAUCAAAUUCUUCUUUAGCGACGGAGACGCCAUCGAAAAGCUCACAGGCAGGCGCCUUAACCAAAAACAAGGGGGAUAAUGAGAAUGCCAAUCUUAAUGCCAAUCUAAAGAAUACAGAGAACCAAACUAUUUCCGUAUCAGUGAAUGCCAACGUCUCCUCCAGCCCUAAUCCAGUCAAUGAUUCUGUGGUCAAUAGUACGCUGUCUAGCAAGAGUACAUCUAUGCUGGGUAUGAACAAAACUGAUGAAGUGACAUUAGUUGCAAGAAACAGUAUAACUAAAGUAAAUUUGACAGAGGCCGAUGCGGUUGUACCAGAUAAAAGCCAAUACGUAACGGAAACACCACAAGAACAUAUAGAUCAAGGGAAUCCCAAGCAGAAGUUAUUUCGUAACGCCAUGAUGAAGCCUUCCCAAGCCACCAUGUACAUGCCACAAGCCGCCCAGUCCAAGAAGUUCAACAGCUUUCCUCGAGUUGAAUUUCACCCCGUGGCACAAACAUACCGCGCCACGGUGGAGUCAUCCAAGUACUCAAAACUUCAAGAUGACCUGUCCAGCACGACAGAUGCCACUGUAAAUCAUAGCACGGAAUCGGUGAACAGAAACGACACUUCAGGAGACGGGACGAUAGUGGCGACAUCCACGGGAAUGGACCAGUCCAAACUGGCCGCCUUGAAGGACAUCCUCAAAUACAUGACUGGUAAGAUCGUCGACCGCGAAACGCUUCAGGCCAAAGACGAACUCCCGAAACCAAAACGCUGGUAUGACAGCAACAAAGGAGUUGAGAAGAUUGUUGAAAACUCUAGCGAGAGAGUGGAAGAUAAUGUAAACAACGCAAGCAGCUCCUCUGCAGACGACAAUGCUGUAGAACAAGACUUCCGAAGUGAAGAGCUCCUGAUCCAGAAGGAAGACCAAAACAUGGCGUACGCUCACGCUAGUCGCGAGAGUCGAGUCCAGGAGUCUGCCAAUAUGUCCCAGAUUCUGAUGCCAAUGUCUGCAACAAAUGUCAACUCAACCAAUGAAUCGUCAGCAUCAACUGUAAACGUUUCCGCUGGUCUGUCGGUCAACUUGACCAUCGACCAAUCAAAUAACAAAUCUAAUGAUCUAUCAGCCAGCAGUGCCGCUACCCCAUCGACCAACAAGACAGCUGUUUCAUCGAAUGACGUAAAGCCAGAGCCCAAGACUAGCGACGAAAUGUUUAUGUCUUCGCCAUAUAUGGUCAAAGGACUGACACGUGACUUCCAGUGCCCACAAACUGACGGUCACUUCGUUGACCCCAAAGACUGUACAGUGUACUACCAUUGUGUUGCUGGAGUCGCCUACAGAAGAGACUGUAUGACUGGUCAGGUGUUUUUACCCGAGGCUGCCUCCUGUGUGAGUGCCAACCUGGCCCCGCCAUGCAUCCAGGCGUUCUCAAACAAAGUACAGAUUGAUAAAGAAUUUGCUGACUCUGUGUGUGAGGACCCCAACGGACUGUACAGAGAUAACUUCAGCUGCGCCCAUUACUUUGAGUGCACCAACGGCUGGCCCAUCAGGCGCAAGUGUAUGUCCGGCACUGUGUUUGAUGAGACUCGGGGCAGGUGCACGUGGAGCAGAUACGUGCCCGGAUGUGAAAGGGAGAUAAUGGCAGAGACAGUGAAAGCAGUAGAAAGUAUUUCAGACAUGUUCGACUGCCCGAGGGACGGCUUCUUCCGGGACCCCAAGGAAUGCAGUGUUUACUACUUGUGUACAGGAGGGGAGGCCCAAAAGUUGACCUGUGACCACGGCACGAGCUUUGAUGUCAAUCUGAACAUGUGUGUCUGGACAUACCUUGUGGAGGGCUGCGACGACAGGAACAAUAACCUUGUUGUUUCCGAAGAAAGGGGAGAUAACUCGCUCUCGAGUCUGACCAGCGAAGAGCAGAAGACUAAAGAUUUCGAGUGUCCAGAAGAGAAUGGGGUUUUCCCGCACCCAGAGGAUUGUGGGGCUUACUACACAUGUAUCGAUGACGUGGCCAAACUUUUGCAGUGUCCCGACGGCACCGGAUAUGACGACAUAAGCAGUCUGUGCAUUGACUCGAAUCAGGUCCCACGCUGUCAGAAAUCCAAGCAGGUUGAGGAUAGAAAAAGUUUAAACUUAGUGCAACAGCCGUUCGUGUGCCCCAGACAUCACGGCCUGUACUCAGACCCACACAACUGUUCUCGCUUCAUCCACUGUUUCAACAACACCGCUUACAGACAUGACUGCAUGCCUGGCACUGCAUUCAGUACAGAGAAAGGUUUAUGCACAUGGCGACAUCUGGUUCCCGAGUGCGAUAUGAAAGUCCGGAUUGUUCCCAAGACAACUUACUCAGCUGCACAAUCCACCACAGCAGCGCCCUCUAAAACGAACGCACCAUCUACAAGCUCCAGGCCAUUCACAGCGUCUCCUACUUCCGCUGUGCUGAUUUUACAGAAAACUGAGACCAAAGUUGCCAGAAACGCUUUGGCUCAGAGUGAACCUGAAGCAUUUGUAUCAUCGGAACCAUUUCAAGCCAAUUCUGAUGACAUCUCAAGUACUGCUGGCAUUCAGGACUUCCAGUGUCCUUCUGUCCUAGAUGGCUUCUACAGGGACAACUUGUUCUGCGACAUUUUCCACCGCUGCGUCCUAGGGACUCGAUUCACCUUUACCUGCCCCACUGGGACAUUUUUCAGAAUGGAAGGAAAUUUGUGUGACUUCUGGGAAACGGUCUCCGACUGCACUCAAGAUGGCAUCAGGCUUGAGGCAAUCAAUAGCUUACCUGAGGUGGCCCCAGAACCUUUUCCAGUGUCGGUCCCACAGCCUCAGCCACAACCACAACCUCAACCUCAACCACAGCCCCAACCACGGCCUCAACCACAGCCCUCGCCUAGUGAGGUGGAAGUAGAUGUGGUCAAUGUUGACUCAGAUGCCACGCCUUGCCCAGCGUCCAGCGGUCUGUUUGCUCACCCGAGAAAUUGUAAGCAGUUCCUGUUCUGCGCCCAUCACGUGCCACUGGUGCUGACCUGUCCGGAGACGUUGCUGUACAACUCACAAACACUGACCUGUGACUUCGCCAAAAAUGUCCAGUGCGUCCGAUAUGAUCACUACAGCAAGUAAACAUCGCCCUAAUGACUAUAUCCCAUGCCUACGCACUGUUGACGGUCAUUGAUAUUGCCUUCAUUCCUGAUGUCUGCCAGAAAAAAGGGGAAACCACUCAUGAUAUAAGCCUUGGCGCGUGGUUCAAGUAGUAAGUGUCGAUUGAUUGGCUGGCAUGCACGAAUAACACUUUCAUUCACCCUACACUUUCCCACGCUCCCGAGAUUUACCCGCCCCUUGCGUUUUCACGUAAGGGGCGUUCAUUCAUUAAGUCAUUUAACAUCGAUGUGUACUUCCUGUACAAGUGUGUAUCAUAACAUGACUGUGUCAUUGCGCUGUGUGAUCUUGGAUGGCAUAUGUCAUCUUUGAAAGAUUGGUGAUUACCAACUUCCAAAUAAUGUAUAAGGUUUAUUAACCCUUUUUAUGCAGAAGUCAACUGCUGUUUUCAAUUGUGAAUGCCAUGGUGACAUCUUAUCAUUUCUCUUGUUCACCAUUUCUUGAGUGUACUGUGAUAUGUUAACUUUCAACGCCGAUACCUCCAUUUCUUCCCGUUCAUCCAUUUCCAUGGAAAGAAAUAGUUUGAAGAAUGUUCUGGCAAUACUCGUCUGCCAAACAAUUCAUCCUUAUUUAAACUUUUUUUUUCUAAAUGCCCUUCUACUUUCAUCUGUGUUCAAGCAAUGUAUUUACAACAUGAUUUUUUAAAAUGUUAUUAUUUCCCUUUGUCUCUGUAUAUAUAAACACGAUUGUCUCCCUUACGAGAAUAAAAAAACACCAAAGCAACCAUCACUUGAUAUUGAUUGGGCUAAGUGGAAUUAGAUCGUUCAAUAUUUUGUUGUAUAUAAAUAAAAUACAAACAUCAAAAAUAAAUAUCAUCUUUUAAAUGCUGUUUUAAUUGCAGAAUUAUAACUAAUGAUAAAUAUGCACCCCAAAGUUAGUGAUUUUCAAUUACAUUGAUAAUCGGCGUAUACUCGCCUGACUAAAUGCACCCUGUCUUACAGUAGUGGUCAUUAUUUAUUAUUUUUUUAAAGAGUAGUCUUCAAAGGGAGAUAAAUAUAAAGUAGUAAGUAGCAAUUGUUAUCGUUCUUGGCUACAUUUAUUUAUGUGAUCAGAGAUGCUGACUUUGUGUUUAAAAUGACAUACUUGAGUUGUUUUUUUGUACAUUGAACUUUGUAUAGUAAUUAUUACAUUUGUAUACUGCUGUGUCUUUUUUUACGAUUUUUUAUACACUAGCCUAAACUGAUUUGACAUUUUUUAUACCGCUACAUAACUUGGUAAAUAAACAUUUUGAAAUAAUUCAA